AUGAGGACGAAACACAAGGCCACCGAGGUUAGACCAUCUGUUCAAGGUUCCCGUCGCCUGAAGACCACAGUUGCACAGGGUACGAAAGGUAACUCUUCAGCGGCUUCCUCAAGCUCGAAAAAACGGACGCCAGCCAAACGAAUAUCGGGUCCUAUGGGUAAUGGGGUGUUCGGGGUACGUGUGUUCAUACCAAGAGACCGCAAUCCUUGUUCACCCGUGCUUCACUUCGAUUUGGAGGAACAUAUCUCCUUCAAGCUCACUUUAAAAAAAAUCAGAGGGUGUGGAAACAACGACAUAUGUGCUACAUGGUAUAACAAAGCAAUGCACGACACGGUGAAAGCAAAGGUGAAAGAAUCUGGAUUUUUGCCCUUUUUGUCAAUACUGGGACAUGGAAAGAAAGGGGAUAGGCCAUUACUUGUGGCCUUAGCUGAGAGAUGGUGGGACACUACCCACACAUUCCCCUUCGAUGAAGUUGGAGAGAUGACAAUGACCCCGACGGACUUCGCAGCUAUCACAGGAUUGCGUGUUGGUGGGAAGCGAUUAACGUACGACUUGGACAUUUACAGAAACAAGAACAAGGUGGUGAAAUUGUUUGGGAAGCCAAUUGCAGACCUACUGGCAGGGGAAAGGAGAGUGCCGUAUGAAAGCCUUUGCACUCCGUACUGGAAGAAGAAUCCGAAAGAUGAUAAAGAAGCUGACCAAAUUGCAAGGGCAUUUAUACUGUGCUUGAUUGGCUCCUCAUUCCUCAAUGACAAGAGCCAAUACGUGAGUAUGCACUACGCCCCCUGUCUGGAAAUAGUCUCAGACAUUGGUAAAUAUGACUGGGGCGGUGCGGCGUUGGCUUGCUUGUAUAGAUCAUUGGAUUCUUGUUCCAGGGGCAGGUCAUCAAGCAUGGGCGGGUAUUGGAGGGCAUGGGAGGUAUGGGCUUGCGAGUACCUAAAGCCGUUUGCUUUAUCAAGGCCCAGUGGGACCUUGAACACGUGGCCCAGAACAUUGAGGUGGGUUGGUGCAAAAUCAAAGCGGGACUUGCAACAUCACUUGGAACAUUUUAGAGUGAUGAUGCGACAUCUAACAAAUGAUCAGCGAGUCGCAAUGCAAAGUUUAGGCACCACAGAACCUCAAGUACCCAAAAUUCCACCGACGACAAUGCUUUCUGAUUAUAAGCUAAAUGAUGAGGCAGAAGUCAGGGAAGCACUGAAUGGGUACCCCGCUUCAGAAUGGCUUGCAAAUUCAUCCAACUAUGGCCACUACAGAGAUGAGUACAUAAGGUACCGCCACUAUGAGGACUUGCGUGAAGCGGAAGGAGAAGAUCGAAAUCUCGGAGGGGCCAAAAUCAGGGUAGGAAACAUCUCUCCUCAGCCAUGGUCAGUGCGAAUACCAUGCUGGGCAGCCGAAAAUGGAAGUAAACUUGUGCGGAUACCGCGUGGCCAAGAUAGCCUUGAUCUACCAUUACCUGCUGGUGUGACACAUGUAACUGCUGAAGCUGCGACCGAGAUUUUAGAGCUGAAUGCUGGGUUGAAUGCCGUACUUUUUUCAACUUCAUUGGAAGUAAGCAUAGAGAUCAGUCGCCUACGGCAAGAGAUUGUGAGUCGGUCGACUUUCAUUUCAGACUGA